GCUAAAUACACGGAUGGAUUUGGGUUUCGAUAUGCAAGUUUGUUGCCCAUUGAAUUUCGAAACGGAAUACGCCUAAUAUUGAAAGUGGUUCUAAAUCGGAUGUCAAGUUUGUUUUCUGCAGCGACUUGCUGUCGAUAGCACGAUGAGAUGUUGCGGGCUUGAUUCUUGCACUUCUGUAUUUUUAUACCUAUUGACACAUUAUUGAAGAUUUCACUUGUUUUGCUUGCCAUACAGCAUUUAAAGCUGUCAGCUUUGGAUUUCUUUAAAGUUACCCAUUAUUGAGGUUCACACUCGAUUUUGAUUGCCGGUCAUCAUUUAAACCUGUAACUUUGCAUUUAAAGGAGGAUCAAUGGGCCUUGACCGUGAGCUGUUCGAGGGGGAAGUGGCCGAGGAAUUCCUGUGCGGCAUCUGUCACCAAGUGCUGCUCAACCCCGUCACUGCCGGCUGCUUCCACAUGUUUUGUCAGGCAUGCGUUAUCCGCAAGAUGAAGUCACGAGUGACGAAGCCGGUGUGUCCUGUAUGUAGCGCCGCCUUGAGUCUUUACAUGACAGACACGCCAAUUGAGUUCAAGCUGAAGCUGCUCAACCUGAGCACCCAGUGCUCGCACAACUGCGGAGACGCGUUCGUAUUGGCGGAACUCCCCGACCACAUGGACGUCUGCCCAAAUGCGCCGGUCCAGUGCCACUUCACUGCCCAGGGCUGCCCACGCAAAGUGAAGCGCUGCGACCUGAGGAAACACCUACAUGAAUGCGACUUCCGGGAGGUGGAGUGUGAGGCAUGCGGCUUCCGGACUCUUUACAGGGAGCUCUUUACCCAUCAGAGUCGGGUCCGAUGUCUAGAAAAGAAGCUGAAACAGCAAAUUAUUCGCGAGCGAAAAGCGUCGUCCAGAGAGAUAAUACGUCAUAGAGAAAAGCUUGUAAAAGAACAUGCAAAAUUUGACCAGCAGCAAAGGAAAAGGAUUUUAAGCCACGCUAAAUCCCAGGCAAGCCGGAAGUCUGAGAGGCAGACUACCGCUGGUAGUGAAUUUGGCGACAGUGAGUUUGACUUUGCGACGACACAGGACUCGGUGUUCCUGACGGAGGAUGUUAUCAACCGGCACAACCAGCAGCGGCAUCACUCCGAGGAGGCCAAACGCAUGGAAGUCUCCAGACAGUUAACGAAGACACCCCACAGCUCGCGUUCUGGGUUCGCCUCCAACAUGUGUUCCCAGUGUAACAGGAAGUUCAUUCCACAGCAGAACACACAAGCUGCCUGCAGAUGGCAUGUAGGGGUAGGUACCAGUCGAGCGCUGCUAUCGGCGUUACCUGCUACCCCACCACUGCAACCACAUCUCCCAGCUGAUACCCCACACCACUGCUACCCCUCACCACUGCUACCCCAUCGACCAGCGGCUACCCUCACCACUUCUAUCCCAUCUCCCAUCUGCUCCUCCCACUACUGCUACCCCAUCUCCCAGCUGCUACGUCCACUACUGCUACCCCAUCGCCCAUCUGCUACUCCCACUACUGCUACCCAAUCUCCCAUCUGCUACCCCACCACUGCUACCCUAUCUCCCAUCUGCCACCCCACGACUGCUACCAUAUCUCCCAUCUGUUACCCCACUACUGCUACCCCCUCUCCCAGCUGCUACCCCACUACUGCUACCCCAUCCACCAACUACUACCCCUAA